UCUUUGUUUCUUUUCUCUCUCAGAAUUGAGAAAGACAGCAAGCUGCUUACUAACCCAGGGCCUCAGCUUCCUCCUCUGAGAAUGCUGUUCUCCGAUGACUUCAGUACUUGGGAGCAGACAUUUCAAGAACUGAUCCAGGAGGAGAAGCCUGGGGCCAAGUGGACCCUGCAUUUGGAUAAGAACAUUGUACCAGAUGGUCCAGCCCUGGGAUGGAGGCAGCACCAGCAGACAGUACUUGGCAGGUUCCAGUGUUCCAGAUGCUACAGACAUUGGACCUCUGCUCAAGUAAAGAUCUUGUGUCACAUGUACCAGGAUGCUUUGAAAUCCCAGGGCCGGGUACUCAUGAGGAUCUUUGGUCAGAGGUGCCAGAAGUGUUUUGGGUCUCAAUUUGAGAAUCCUGAGUUCUCCACAGAGAACAUCAAAAGGAUUCUGAAUAACCUCGUUAAUUAUAUUCUGCAGCGAUAUUAUGGACACAGGAAGCUAGCACCGAUCUUGAAUGUGUCUUUGGAUGAGACAUCUUUGGAUGGGCCCCACGACACACUCAACUGUGAGGCGUGCAGUCUGAGCCCCUAUGGAAGGUGUGCCCUUGCACACAAAGUAAGACUGCCCAGAUCCCCAGCUCCAUCACCAAAGAGCCAGGGUUCCUCUCCAGCGAAGAGCUGCCCUCCUUCACCUCAGACUGGAAAUACAGAUUUUAGGAAUAGGACAUUUCAGGAUGUUAGAGAGCCGUGGGAAAUGGGGUCACCACUUUUACUAAUUUUGUCUGUUGCUGCACUUUGCCUUAUUCACUUCAUUAAAUAAUAGAUUUAUCAUCUUGUUUUAAUCCCAUGGUGAUCAAUAAAAUGGAUGUCAUUUCAAUAUGACAGUGAAUUCAUGUGGGAUCAAUUAAGGUCAAGUAUGUAGAAUAAAACUGCUUUCCUGGACAUGCUCUGAAAAUAGCCUAAACCAUGGACCACACAUACUGAACCCAAUAACAAGUUUGUAUUGAAUUGCUGAACUGUCUGCACUAGCUUGCUCACUUAUUGUUCUCAAGCUACGUUGAUUAAAUCUUGAUGAUAACUAAG